CUCGACUACAAAGUUUAUCCAUCGCUGAGCGAGUGUCAGCCUCGGGAAUCCAACCACGAGUAUUAAACUUUGUAUUGUAAAUAACAUGUUGUUUGUUCAUGAUUUUCAUCCACAAACCCAAGCGCCUCAACUACGCAGUGUAUCCAUCACUGAGUGAGAGUCAGCCUUCGGGAAUCUAACCGGUAACGGGACUGUUGGGGAACCCUCACUAUGAGCAGCACAGAGCAGAAGCACUACCUUGAUGAACAUCUGGAUGCUUGUCUUCUCUUUGACACGUACUUCGGGGCUGAUAAGACCAUUGCUAAGAAGGAGAUGUUGGAAGAUCCCAUGAGCUUUCUCUAUAAAUUAUUCUCAUCGGGUUCUGUGAAGGGAGAAACACUGAUAAAUCUUUCCGUUGGCUCCGACGUGUCUAAAACCUUUGUCGCUGCCGAUUUCUUCAAAAAUAUCAUAUUGCUGGAAUCUUCAGACUGCUGUAUUAGAGCCAUAGAGAGCUGGAUCCGAAAUGAGCCCGGAGCUGCGGAACAAUCCCACGCUGCAGAGUUUGCUUGCUCACUUACAGGGCAAAGUAAUGGGUGUAAGAAGCAAGAAGAAAAGGCCAGAGGGGCAAUCAAACAAGUGUUAAAAUGGGACAUCACCAAGGAGAACCCACUGGGUGCAGUUGUGUUGCCCCAAGCAGAUUGUAUGGUCAUUGUUUAUCACUUCAAAGAUAACGAUAUGUAUAUAAACUUUCUAAAUAAAUUGUUAUCCCACCUGAAGAUUGGAGGUCACCUGGUCAUGGUGGCAGGGACCAACAUCUCUUAUUACAUGGUCGGCCAACACAAGUUUGGUGCACUAGCCCACAAUGAAGAGUUUAUGCAAAAGGCUGUAACAGAAGCCGGUUGCACCGUUGUGAGCACUGAAACUCACAGUAGGAAAUUUAAAUCCCCUUUGACCGAUUAUGAAUCAGUUGUCUACUUUGUGUGCCGUAAAGACCGAGUGGUUUAACUGGUCAGAUUCACCCAGAUUCUGCUGUGUAAUCUUUAUUACAGCCUUUAAUUCUCUCUCUCUCUCUCUCUCUCUCUCUCUCUCUCUCUCUCUCUCUCUCUCUCUCUAUCUCUCUCUAUAUAUAUAUAUAUAUAUAUAUAUAUAUUGAUAUCUAUUUACUGUGGCUGGCUUUGACAGUAUUAGAGAGAAGGCUCAUACUCUGUACCAUUGAUGUGAAAGAUCUAUAUACCUCCAUUCCAGGGGUUCUGAGUGUAUGAGAGAAUAAUUAAGUGCAUUUUAAUUUGAUUCCAAAUAAAUAAAUUGAUAUUUAUGCCCUGAG